AUGAAGCUUCUGUUCUAUAUUUUCGCUUCUCUUCAAAUUGUUUCGGCUCACAAAAUUGCCAUCUUCGUUCCUGACGUCUCCAACAGCCAGGUUUUACUUUUUUUUUUCUCAGAGCUUUAUUAUGCUCACGAUAAAAUUAAUAGCUUUUGUUGAGAACAUAGAGGGAUAAAGUUGAAUUGAAACGUAUUUCUAACUGGUCAAAACUGUACUCGUAGUUCUCUAAAUUUAUUUUAUUUUUUUUAAUCAAAUUUUUGAGUUGUCGAUGUUAGAAAAGAAAAUCAAAGCUAUCAAGAAGUAUAUUACAAGUUAAAGUUUUUUUGGAAGGAUUGAAAAAAACAUGAAGAGGCUUUUUUUUUUGAGACUGGUCUCUGAGAUUUUGGCUUUUAUGAUUUUUUAUUAGGAGAUGAAUUUAUUUUUGGUUUUUUUCUUUGCUUUUUUUGGUUCCGGAACGGACUAUUAUUCCUGAAAUUUAAUUUUUCAAGGCUCUACGGACCGCAAAAAGACUUUUCAAGAGUUUUUGCGUGUCUUUUUUUCAAAUUUUUUUUCGUAAAACCUGAGGAAAUAAUACAAGAGAAACUAAAAAAUCAUGAUGUCAUUUCAACAAUAUUUGCAAGCUUCUUUCAUUUAUUUGUGCACUAACAUAUUCAUUCAUAAAAAAGCGAAAAAUCAAAAAUCCACAAAAAUCCAGGUGAUUUUCAACCAACGAGUCGCGGCGACUUUGGCUUCUGAUAACCACGAUGUCACAAUGAUUUUCCUUCACACCAUUGAAGGCCGAAACGGAACAAACUUGAUCAGACCCGAGGACAAUGUUAAAAGUAUCGAAAAACAUUCGAAGUUUUAUUUUAUCUCAUAUUUCAGCAUACUCUGUGAAUAUCCCAGUUUUCAGCCUGCAAGAUAUGGCUGACGCUCAACAAAACAGCAUUUUCGAGGUACUCAUCUGAUUGAGAAGCUUAAAAAUGAUUUUUUUCAGGAAUCUGAAGUUUACGAGAAGAAAACGACAAGUUUGUUCUCGAAGAAAAUCGACUCACUUAUUCGAACUGCGGAGGGUCAGUUUUUUUUUUCUCGUCUUUUUCGUUCCCUAAUAGCUGAUUUUCAUACUUUUCUCUAUUAUUUAAAAAAAAAUUGAAAAGUUGAAGGAUUCAGUUGUUUUUUUGUUAACUCGCCACAACUCAGGUUUUUUCUCUGCGCUCUCUUUUAUCACGUUGUGUUUCAUUUUUCUAUGACUUGAUGGGAGAAAAGAGACGCAGAGAGGUAAGACUCAACAAAUUUCAAAAAAUAGGGUGUCAGAUAAAUUCUUGGCCCGAAUAAUUCUCAGAAAAAAAGUGGUGACAUAUAGGGGUAACCUUGGGAGCCCUUGAAGGUUCUUCUCUAGAGGCCAGUUCACCGCCUCUAUAGUGGUCACUCAAGCUUAAAAAAGUGACAACUUUAGAGAAGAAUUUUUCGUUCAAAGUUAUUUCUUAUGCUAUCUCUAUGAGAACAAGCCGGAAAUUCAAAAGGUUUUUGAAGAAAAAAAUAAAACUAAAAAUUCAAUGAUCACUAUAGGGACCACUUGAGCUUUAAGGGCUGAGAGGGCAGAACCUAAAACCCUAUAAGAACCACCUAAAUUGUUACCUUUUUAGAAAGCACUAUUUUUUUCUCUAUAACUUAUAGAGAACAAAAAUAGUGUUUUUCUAAAGGGGUAAUAAUUUAUAGAUUAUGGUACUCCCCCUCACCCUUUUUAAAGACCUCUCUGGCCUUUCUAAGAGUCGGAAAAAGCUUAAUUUCGAACUCCAGAAACGGUCCAACAGAAAGAGUUCAUCGAAUGGCUGAAAAACGAAAAGUUCGACCUGGCCUUUGUCCACAUGUUCAGCUUGGCUAACAUGGGUUUGGUUCAUCUGGCGAAAAUUCCGUCUUGGAUUUGGCUCAGCAGGUUCAAAAAUCAUCAUAUUAUCGGCUUAUAAAAUGAUUUUCCAGCGGUUCAACGACGGAUUUCACGGCUCACCUACUUGGCGCCCCGAUGAUUCCGAGCUACGUUCCGAGUUAGUUUUUUUUAUCAUUUUUUUUUUCUGAACCACUUUACUGCUUCUUUGCCUCUUUAUAAAGGUUCUGUUUUUGAUUUUCCUAGUCCACAACGGUACACAAAGUCAAUAAAAUAUUAAACUAACUGAGCCAAAAUAUUAGGUUGAAAAUUUGUAGCCGUUUCGAGCUGUAUUGUUGCGCUCCACGGACAAAACUAGCAAAUAGGGAUUUUGAACUUUUAUUUCUUCCUAGAAAUUAAUAUUCCAGGCAUGAUUCGUUCAUGGAGCGCAAUAUUUCGUCUUAUUAAAGAUGUAAAUUUGAGGUUAAUAAUAUUUUUGUUUCAAUUCUGGAGCCUAAGAAACAAGAAAGAAGUAUCCAGCUUUUUUUUCUUUCAUUCCUAAGUUCAUUUUCUUAAAUUAUCUCGAUUGUCAUGACCUGAAACAGUCGGCCCUGUACGCCCCCUCUUAGAGAGGCGAAAAUAACAUUAUAAAAAAGAGAGCGCAGACAUGGUAGACCGUUUGGAGAGAUGAUAUUUUUAACGGUUCUACAGUCGAUUCACGACUAGCUUGGGACACUAAGGGGGCGUGGCCUGUCUGUGCUCUACUCAAACCACACACUGUCUCUUUUUUUAAUUGCGUCAGGACCAUUUUUCGAUGGCUCAAUCCAGGGUUGGGCGGAAUUCAUUUUGAAGACGUUUUUCAUGUUUUCGCGCACGAAAAAGAUCAAGAAAAAGAGCCUUAAAGCGUUCAAAUAACCGUUUGAAAAAUUUUUUGGUGUAAAAAAUUUUUUUUUCCGUCUUCCAUAAAAUUUUCUCUUCCGAAACCAGUCUUCCGUCUUCCGUUUUUUGAAAUCCCUCUUCCGCCCAACCCUGCAAUCGAGCCGUGAAUCAGUAAUAUGUCUGGUUUCAUUUUUCAGAAUUAGGAGAAAACGAAAGAAUUUAUUAGUUUAGCAAUGAUGAUGGAAUGCACUGGAGAGAUGACGUUCAUCGAAAGGACCAAAAGUUUCAUCGGACACGGACUUAUGCAGUAUUUCUGGCCAAAGUCAGUUACAUUCUGAGGAAAUUUCUGAAAAAACCGCUAAUCUUUAUUUCCUCAAAGAACUUAGGAACUCCAGAGGGACCCCUAUAGGAGAAACCUUGAGAUCCUUGAAGGGUCCUCUGUAGGAAAGAUUCCUCUCUAGGGAACCUCCUCCCCUAUAGGGGGCACUCAAGAUUGCAGAAAAGGUCACUCUAGACAAGCAGUCUGGGAGUGCCUAUACGUUUUAUUAUCUUUCAAAUGAUAAAAAAAAAUCAAAAGAUCAUUUAAGCUUUAUAGAGACUAAUGAGUCAUAUCCUAUACCCCUAAAGGGAGCACCUGAUUUUUUCGCCUUCUAGGGACCCUUUUUUACCCUACAGGAGGCUGUUUUUUCCCUAAUCCCUUUAGAGACCACUCUGGCAUUCCUAAGAAGAAUUUUCAGAUGGAUCGCCGACGAGGAAACCCGCAUUUUCCGUCAAUACAUCGACCCGAAUUUCCCGAGCUUGCUUGACAUCGCUCGUCAGACUCCUCUGGUGAAUACUUCAAAAAGAAAACAUUCAAAACUAUUUUUUUAAAGGCAAUGUCAAACACCAACGAUCUGUAUGAACUGGCUCGACCAACACUCGCCAAAAUAAUCAACAUUGGCGGGAUCGGAAUGCAGAAACGGGAUGCCAAGCCGCUUCCAGAGGUUUUUAGAGCUGCCUAUAUUUUCUUCAAACUAGAGAAAAACGUCCUGUUCGUUCUCAAAAGGGCUGAACUGAUAAAGCUCUCUGAACUUUUUCUUGAUCAAAUGGAGAAGAUCCUAGAAGUUUUAAUCUGCAAAGCUUAGUUUUCAAGAUAGGACCUUUCAGAAUAACCAAAAAUCCUUGAAAUGACUUUUUUCAAAGUACAUCCAAAAGUGUUGUCGAAAAAGCAUGAAUCAAUUGAGAUUUUUCAGUUUUUAUGACUGCUUGAACCCCCUCAAAACCUGAAUUCUCCAUGGAGCGUACUAGACCUAACGAAAAAGCCGUUUUUCUCAGGACAUAGCCAAAAUCGUGGCGAAAAGCAACGGGACCAUACUUUUCUCUUUCGGAUCGGUGACAGCCGCCGAUGUCAUGCCGUUGAGAUGGAAAAAAGAACUUUUGGAGGCUUUUUCCCGGUUUCCCAACGUCCAGUUCCUCAUGAGAUAUCCGGCUGACGAUUUGAAUGGUAAGAUCACUAAGAAUAACUGCCGAGAUAAACGCGAGACACUGGCGGUAUAUUGACGAGCUCGCAAACAUCUCGCUUUUUUUCUCGCGCCGGUCUCGCAUUUUUCUGGGCGCCAGCUCGCACUUUUCUAGGCGCGAGCUCGCAUUUCUCUGGCAAUUUGAAAAUUUCCGAAAUGCAAGAUAAAUGCGAGGUCGCGCCUUGAAAAAAGCGACAUUUUUGCGAGUUCGUCAAUGUACCGCCACCGACCUCGCUUUUAUCUCGUCAGUUAUUCUUAGUGAUUUGUUAAGAAAAAUCCAGUUUUCUUAUCACAUAGUUAAGAUAAAUCUAUAGUAAAGUUAUUAACUUGAAGUUUCAACGAGGUGCCUUUUUUUGAGAAGUUGGAAGUGACUUAUUUUUAGCAUUAAAAUAAGUGAUUGUUUCACCUCUUCUCAUUUAUUGAUUUAUGGAAUUUCUUAAUAGCCAAGAUGAGAAUCAUCAGGAAGCUGGAAAAAAAUCCAAAAUUAGAAGAAUAAUAAUGUUCCAGAAAUGCUGCCGAAGAAUGUGCACGUCAGGAAAUGGCUUCCACAGGCGGAUCUUCUCGUCAACGAGAAAUUGAAGGCGUUCAUUACCCACGCCGGUUAUAAUAGCAUUCAGGUAGGAUCUGUUGUUUUUCUGGACUUUCAAAAAGGUUUGAAAGGUCUUUGAGGGGUCACGCAAAAGAACUUUUUCCAGUAUAUUUUUUCGUCAAACUCGGACAAAGUCGGAAGGGUGGAUAAUGGCCGCUAAAAGGGAGAAGCUCAAAAAAGGCCGCAGAAAGGCAGCAAAAAGAGUCUUUAUCCUUUUUCUAGAUUUUCAAGGCCAAAGGAAUAGUGGAAAAAGGGAGGGGCAGCAAAAAUAGUGCAUAGAGCCGAUGAAAUGGCGCAAAAAGGCAGCAAAAGAGGAGUCUUUGUCCCCCUAAAAGUAUCAUUUCUAUCGAGCCUUUUUCGACCCUUCCCUACUUAUUUUUAAAAAUUCGGAGUUUUUAACAAUUUCCCACUUUUCUUCUUACAGGAAGUGAUGACAGCCGGCGCGCCGGUCAUCUCGAUUCCCUUAUUUGGAGACCAGCCAAAAAACGCCAGACUCGCUGAGAAACACGGCUUGGGAAUCACCAUCAAGAAGUCCGAACUUUCGGCUGACGUCGUCGAAAAUGCCAUCAGAACUAUCAUUGAGGAUGAUCGGUGGGUAUUUCGCUGCGCAUCAACUCUAAAUCUCUUUUUAGGUAUAAGGAGUCGGCGCAAAAGAUGUCGAAAAUGCUGGAAAAGCAGCCGAUCAAGCCGGACCAGCUGCUGAAGAGCUGGACGAGGUUCGCCGCCGAGUUCAAGGACCUUUCCAACCUGACGCCAGCCGGCCAGAAGCUCAACCUUAUCCAAUAUCAUUCCCUAGACGUUAUCGCUUUCCUAUCUUCCAUUUUAGGAGUCUCAUUGUACAUAAUCUACCGGGUUAUUUCUCUCAUCGUCAGCUGCUUUAGAAGAACGGGUGCCUCUAAAACAAAGCUUGAAUAAUCAAUUUCUUCCUUCACAAAAUUCGACCCUCUUAAAUUCGUUAUCAAAUAAGCUUUAUUUGGGAUUGAAAAAAUAUUCUGGAAUAAAGAAAUCUUAAUUCUCCACACUAAUCAAAUGUCACACUGUUUCUCCGAAAUGAGAUGAUCAAAAUGAACGAAAAAAGAAAAAUAAGAAUAAAAGAUUCAGGUGAAAAUACCCAGCACAGACAUAUUUUAAGAAUUGAGGACGGGUCAUUUGAAACACAAACAAGCUUAAAAAAUAAUCUCAAAAAAUGAGAUUUCCAAAAAAGAUACAUGCUCAAACAAAACGUGUUAGUAAAAUAUUGACCAGAAAUGACAAGAAGAAACAGUUUUGAAAAUAAAAAAAACAACUCUUUUAUUUCCAAAAGGCUGUUUCGACCCAAAGGGCCGAUACUUUUCCGAACCGGGAUUUUCCGAAUCGAAAUCCGAACCGAUACUUUUCCGAACCGUACUUUUCCGAAUCGGUUGUGAACUUUUCCGAACCCAAAUUUAUUAUGCUUUUCCGAAUCCUAAUUCAAUUAAUUCUUUAGGUGGUACCGUCAUUUUCAAUCCGAUUCCUUAUAAUUUUUUUCCCAGAGUGCAGCCUUCCGUCUGACCAUUUUCGAAACUCGAAUAGGAUUCAUUUUUCCUCAAGUGCUCUUUCAGAAACUUUUUUUCUUGGUUCUUUCGAUUUCAGAACGGACUGUGGCAUCGCCAAUGCCAACGGUCAGCUCUGA